CGGGACAACCUUGAUCUCGGAGAUAAUGCCGAAUCCACGUCAUUGUCAAUCACCUCAAAUCCAGUUUCUUUCUCUCCGCCCGCCUCCGCCUCCGCCUCCGCUCACUCACAUCUCAUCCUCGGCAGUAGUUUGACCGGCCGCCCGUUACUCCCAGUUGUCUACCUGCUCAGUUCAGCCGAUGUUCGUCUUCUUCGUUUGAACUCACCACAAUUUAUAAAUCCGAAUCAACAAUCCAGCAAAUGAGAUUCUCUCGUUUGGUCCGCAGCGUGAUCGCCAACGCUUCCACCUACCUCUCUCCAAAAUCGAACCCCCGCUUCUUCGCCGCCGCCGCCGGUCCCUCCGAAAACUCCUACCAUGUCAGCUCCGGUGGAUUCAUGCGCGGAGCCGUCUUCUGGGAUCCUUCGAGACCGCUGACCAUUGAAGAGUUCCAUAUGCCCCGCCCCAAAGCCGGCGAACUCCUCAUCAAGACCAAAGGCUGUGGAGUUUGCCACUCUGAUCUCCAUGUAUUGAAGGGUGAGCUCGCAUUUCCAAGCCCGUGUGCGAUUGGCCACGAGAUCACCGGCGAAGUGGUCGAGCACGGCCCCAUGACCGACUCCAAGAUUUCCCACAGGUUUCCUGUCGGAUCUCAUGUCAUUGGAGCCUUCAUCAUGCCCUGCGGCAACUGCUUCUACUGUUCAAAGGGCCACGAUGAUUUAUGUGAGGACUUCUUUGCGUAUAACCGUGCUAAAGGAACUCUCUAUGACGGUGAAACUCGCCUUUUCCUCCGUAACAGUGGGAAGCCAAUAUUCAUGUACAGCAUGGGAGGUCUUGCUGAAUACUGUGUGGUACCAGCUAAUGCAUUGACGAAUUUACCGGAUACAUUGCCGUAUACCGAGUCUGCCAUCUUAGGAUGUGCUGUGUUUACUGCUUACGGUGCUAUGGCGCAUGCUGCUGAGGUUCGUCCAGGGGAUUCGGUUGCUGUUAUUGGAGUUGGAGGUGUUGGCUCAAGUUGUUUGCAGAUAGCAAGGGCAUUUGGGGCCUCUGAUAUCAUUGCUGUUGACGUUCAGGAUGAUAAGUUGGAGAAGGCUAAGGUUUUUGGUGCCACACAUACUGUGAAUGCGAUGAAGGAGGACCCGGUUGAAAAGAUCAGAGAAAUAACCGGAGGAAGAGGUGUGGAUGUUGCAGUGGAAGCAUUGGGCAAACCGCUCACUUUUUCACAGUGCACCAGAAGUGUAAGAGAUGGAGGGAAAGCUGUGAUGAUUGGGCUUGCAAAAGCUGGCUCAGUGGGGGAGAUGGACAUCAAUCAUCUAGUUCGUCGAAAGGUAUGCAAAAAGUACUCUGCAUAUUGCUUACAUAGAGUUUUCUUUCCUGGAAUCAAAUCUAGCAAAAUCCAAGUGAUUGGUUCAUAUGGAGGAAGGGCAAGGCAAGAUCUUCCAAAGCUGGUAAGGCUUGCGGAGUCGGGCAUAUUCAACCUCACUGAUGCGGUUACCCGGAAGUACAACUUUGAGGAGGCAGGCACAGCAUUUCAAGAUCUUAACGAGGGGAAGAUUCUUAGUCGAGCGGUUGUUGAGAUCAUGUAGAGUCUGGUGCGUCAUGUUCGUUUGCCUUGCCAGAUUGAUUUUCUUCUGGGACACUUCUACUGGUUCUUUGUUCUUCCAGACAAGGACAAUGGCUAUUUGCCUAUUUAUAGUAUGUAAGGUUUCUGUUGUACCGUGAGUCGAUAUCGGCCUGAUAAGAAAAAUAAUAUCCGAAUCCUUUGCGACUGAUCUCUUCUGGAGCUUUUUCCACUGUUCUAGUACAACAUAACGAUAUGACCUAGACUUGGCCAUGAUGAACAACAGGCCAGGAGUGAGGACUGCCAUGCCAGUCCCUUGAAAAUUUGAAUUUGAUCAAUUCAUUUUCUUAAGAAUC